AUGUCACUGGAUCCAAAUUCACAUUAUUCACAGCUUAACAACGAAUCAAUCGAUAACAAUGAGGUUACUGACCCUUCAAGCUUUACAUCGUUGCAGAAAGUGGAGUUCGAAGGCGAGAUUCUCACGAUCGAUACAAAUAACUGGAGGCAUUCAAGAUUACUACAAGUUCAAAUAAUAACUGCAUACCUAGUUUUCAUCUUAUUUGGGUUGGGAGAGCAGACAGUUGGUACAUUGAUUCCGAAAUUACAAGAGUACUAUCAUUUAAACGACUUGUAUGUGAGUUUAAUAUUCUUUUGCUCCGUUUUGGGGUACUUGACUAUGGCAUUGGUCAACAACAUGACCCAUGACAAGCUAGGGAUUAGAGGAGUUGCAAUUAUGGGAGCUUCAGCCAUGACAUUGGGAAACUUGAGUGUAUCAUUUAAGCCACCUUUUUUUGUCUUUCUCAUUUGCUACUUCUUGAAUGGUGUGGGCCUCGGUGCUUUGGAUGCUUCAUUAAAUGCAUGGAUGGGAAAUUUAGUUGAUUCGAACCAAUUGUUGGGGAUCUUGCAUGGUUGUUACGGUAUUGGAAGUUUAAUAACACCUAGUUUGAUUACGUAUCUUUUGGAAAAAGCAAACAAUGCAUGGAAUUGGAACACUUAUUAUCUUUUAGUAGCUUCUUAUGGAGCAACGGUGCUCGUAUUAGUUGGGUAUACGUUUAGAUAUGAAACACCAAAAAAGUACAAGUACAUGGCACAAUUGAGACACCAAAAAUCAAAAUCAGCGACGCCACAGGAGAAUGCUGGUGACCCUAAUGAAGUCGAGCUUAAUGACAUGAACAAGACGAAUUUUGAAAUCGAGGAGGAGAAUAAAGAGGAGGAAGAGCAUUCGGCUACAUUUACACAAGCAGUAAAACUGCCGCUAAUUUGGGCAUUUGCCGGAAUCCUUUUCAUAUACGUUGGUGGCGAGGUUGCAUUUGGUGCUUGGUUGGUGACAUAUCUAUUGAGAAUAAAAAACUGGGCAUAUAAAGCAUCGUCACACAUUGCCACUACGUUUUGGUUGGGACUCACUGUUGGAAGGUGUACACUUGGAUUUGUAACUGUGCACUAUUUCAGUUCUGAGUUGUCGGCUAACUUCUCAUACAUAUUGGGCUCGCUAUUGGGGUACGUACUCUUUUGGCUCGUGUCAUAUACACAACAAGUGGUUCUACUAUUCGUCAUUGUCUUUGUUACCGGAGCUAUGGUGGGACCUAUUUUCCCAACCACCAUUGUUACUCUGGUCAAUGUUUUACCAGCAAAAUAUCAAACAGUGGGCAUUGGCUUUAUUUGUGCAUUUGGAGGUGGUGGAGCUGCUGGAAUUCCAUUCUUGGUUGGGUUGGUGGCCGACUCAAGUGAAGGCGGAUUGAAAGCGUUUCCAGUAAUGGUGAUUAUUAUGUUUGCGGUGCUUUUAGUCCUGUGGUUGGUAAUUAUCAAGAGGUACUCUAGAAUGUACAAGAGGAACUUGAUAUAG